ACCAAAUUCAUGCCACGUGUCCUUCAACUACGUGGCCACCAAAAUAUCCUCCAUUUUUCUUCCUUUCUUAAACCCUCUUCCUCUUUCACUUUUUCUCAAAAACCCAAAAAAAAUUCAUAAUUUUUCUCUACUUUUGAGGUUAAAGAUUCAAACUUUGGUGUGGGAAAAUUGAAACUUGAAGUGGGUUUUGCUUGAAAAUAAAAUUUGAGAUUUGAAAGAAAAAAGAUGAAGAUUCAGUGUAAUGUUUGUGAAGGUGCAGAGGCUAAGGUUCUUUGUUGUGCUGAUGAAGCUGCUUUAUGUUGGGAAUGUGAUGAGAAAGUUCAUGCUGCUAAUAAACUUGCUAGCAAACAUCAAAGAGUUCCUCUUUCUGCUUCUUCUUCUCAUAUGCCUAAAUGUGAUAUUUGUCAGGAAGCAUUCGGCUAUUUCUUUUGUCUAGAGGAUCGCGCUUUACUCUGUCGAAAAUGUGAUUUAGCGAUACACACUGCAAAUGCAUAUGUCUCAGGACAUCAAAGGUUUCUUCUCACCGGUGUAAAAGUUGGCCUAGAAGCUACUGAUCACGGCACUUCCUCAAAUUCGUUGAAGACAGAUUCUGGUGAGAAAGUUUCCGAUACAAAAUCUUCUUCUGUCUCAAGAAAGGUUUCGCAAAUGCCUCAAUCAUCUGAGUACAAUGAAAUGUUGCCUACCGAAGCCGGAGGGUUUGGAGAUUUUCCACCAGCCAAGGUGUCUUAUGGUGGUGGUUCUAACUCUGGAAACAUGUCACAGUGGACAAUUGAUGAAUUUUUUGGCGUAAAUGAUUUCAGUCAGAAUUAUAACUACAUGGAUGGAUCAUCAAAUUCAAGGGCUGACAGUGGUAAGCUUGAAGGUUCUGAUUCUCCUAUUUUAAGAUCCAAUGAAGAGGAAAUGGAAUACGACGACUACAUGGACCGUGUUCCAGAUUCGUCUUGGACAGUUCCUCAGAUCCCUUCACCACCUACAGCUUCAGGGCUAAACUGGCCAAAAAACCCUCGGUAUUCAUUCGAUAAUGCUCUAUUUGUUCCGGACAUAGGCUUCACUAGCAUGCAACACCCUCAGAAUAGUAGUAAUUUUUCAAGACCGCGGAAUCAUCAUUAAUUUGGUUCCUCUGAUCCCUUCCCUAUGACUUAUAGACAAUGCUCUUUCAUUUGUUAUGAUGCUAAGUAAGUGUUCUCCUCUUACAGAGAAAAUUUAAGUUGAUUAGUUUAAUAUUUCUAUUCAUGGUUGUUUUAGUUUCUUAUUUGGAGUAAAUUUCUAACUCCACUUAAUUGGAGUGAUGAAGGCUUUCAUUUAAGUUUUGCUAUUGUAACAUCUUCAUUUCAUUUCUAGAAUCCAAUGUAGAUGUAUGUAUCUAUUUGGAUAUCAUAGAGAUCCUUGUUCAGUUUUUGUUGGUUCUGUAAAGAGUUUUGCUCCUUCACUAUACAUCUCAAGUUUCUAAAAGAUUUGGUUUAUCUUGUUUA